AUGUUCAUCGCCUUGGUCCAGCUCUUGCUGAACGAUGGAGUGGAGGGUUAUGGUCUGGCUGAGCUGAGGCAAGCGGAAGGAGCUCGCAGGGCGUACCGGAGAACAGUACCGGAAGUCAUCGUUGAGUCGUUUAGUCGGCCAGCUAAAAAGGACGUCGCCGCUAAGCCUACGUCAUCUUCGGGUGGCAAGGCCAAGAAGAAGAAAUGGUCCAAGGGAAAGGUUAAGGAUAAGGCCAACAACGCCGUCAUCCUCGACAAGACCACCUACGACAAGCUCAUGAAGGAGGUCCCCACCUACAAGUUGGUUUCCCCCUCGGUUCUCGUUGACCGUCUCCGCAUCAACGGCUCGCUCGCCCGUGCUGCCAUCCGCGAGUUGGCCAACCAGGGUGUCAUUGUCCCCGUCAGCACCCACGGUGCCCAGUGGAUCUACACCCGCGCCACCGGUCUUGAGGAGGAGAAGAAGGCUGCCCCCAAGAAGGCUGCCGAUGAGCAAUAA